AUGGAGAAGAGCACAGGCCCCAAGCGGAAUGCCACAGCGUGUGAGCAUUGCCGUACAGCCAAGGCCAAGUGCCAACCCAGUGAGCAGCCAGGAGUAUGUCUUGCCUCGAGGAGAGAGUGCGUAUCUCGCACCAAGGCGCGGCCCCGCAGAGCACGUCGGACUUUGUCCAUCUCAGAGACGGAGCCGCCAACACAGACCCUUGGUCAGCCCAGCACCUUUAGCAUUGACUACCUUGUACCUAUCAGGUCGCAUGUCGAAGAUGAUUUUGAGACUUUGCGAGACUUGCACAAUUCUGUCCUUGACAGUGUUCUAGAUACAAAUGACAGCAUCGACAUAUUGCAAACCACUACAAGCCGUUCUACCUGUCCGGCAAGCUCGUCGACCCAGACCCGCUCCGUUUUUGAAAGUUGGCGGAAGCCCCAGUUCAAUAUGGCUUCAGCCGAGACUCUCCUGCACAAUUUCAGCUCCAUGCUCGAGUACAUCCCCUUUAUAGUUUUACCCGCUAGUUCGACCGUCACCCAUGUGGCUGCUACCAGACCUUUUACUCUACUGGCCAUCUUAACAGUGGCUUCAAGAUCGAGGACCGUUCAGAAACACUCAUUAUACGACGAGGAAUUUCUUAGAGUCUUAGGCCUCAAAUAUGUUUCUGGAGGAGAGAGGAGCCUCCACUUGCUUCAAGGCCUUCUGAUAUACUGUUCUUGGUAUCCCUUUCACCUAAAACCUAAGAGCUCACGGCUAGUUCAGUGCAUGCGAAUGGCUGCGGAUAUAGUCCAUGAUUUAGGCCUAGAUGAGGAUUUUCUCACGUCUGAUCCGUGGGGACAGGGGGUGACGGAAGAAGAGCUGGAAAAGAUCCGAGCAUAUCUCGCCUACGUGUAUCUCGUCUCCACAUACGUAGCUGUGUGGAAAGGGGAUAAAUGUGUACAUACUCGCGUCCCCCCUUGGGCGGGCACUGCAAUCGACAUAUUAGAGCAGAACGCACAGGUUGAUGGCGACCGUACCCUCGCCGCCUUGGUCCGCCUGUCAAGGUUGUGCUACGAUGCAACCGACGCCAUCAACGAGAGAGAAAAUCAGACUGUGCGCAACAGCCAGCUGAUCCUAGUAGGAAUCGAGCAACAGUAUCAACAAUUACGGAAUAGCAUGUUAGCUGCGUGCCCUACUCUCUUCGCAAAAGAAAGGGAGCCUGUUCGGCUGCAAAUCAUGUUUCUCGACAUAUUCCUUGACACGGGAAGCUUACUCGCCCUUCCCGUAGCCAAAACCUCGUUAUCCGCCAAAGUCGUACGCUUCCCACCCCCAGUGUCCAAAAUCCAAAGCGGCGUGAAAAAGAUUCGAGCCUAUCUGGACUACAUAAGCGAACUGGAUGACAAUUCGAUAUUGUCCUUUACCAUCAACGACUGGACGCGGCUCAUCACGGCCCUUACGUUGGCGUUUCGGCUGUCGUUUCCUCUCUCGCAAUGCCCAGAGCUGAACUGGGAGUGGGCCAAUUCAGAGAUUCAACUGGAUCAGUUUCUAUCCAAGGUUUCGAGGGAGGCAGAUGCCACGAUUGCUUCAAACGGUGUUCUCUCUGCCAACCGUGCUGUGCUUGGCGUGCUAAAGUCCAAAUACAAUCGUCGGCUGAGCUCCCUAAGUGAACAGCCAGUAUAUCCAACCAGCAGGACGUUUGGAUGCCCUAUGAUGAGCGGCGGAACAAUCAUAGCCGAGUCACAAUGGAACGCUGGAUUUGAUCAUGCCUCAGAACCGUCGACUGAUUCUGAUGUGCCUGAGAUCAUCCCGAUGUUUCCCGAUGUGUGGGCGACGAUGGCCGCGGGGUUGCAAGACAUCGAGGAGAUAUCCUGGGACUCGUUUGAUGAAGGCUUACCUGAACGCCAGUGA